GGAGUAAUACCUUAUAUUGCACCAGAAAUAUUUAAAGGUGCUGCAUUUUCUCAAAAAUCUGAUAUAUAUAGUUUUGGUAUGAUAAUGUGGGAACUUACAACAGGUUGUAAACCUUUUGCUAGUGUUGAACAUGAUCAUAAUCUCAUCUUUAAAAUUCUUGAUGGAGAACGACCUAAAAUUACAGAAGAUACUCCUGAAUGUUAUGCCGAUUUAAUGAAAAAAUGUUGGGAUUCUAAUCCUUCAAAAAGACCAACUAUUGAUAAAAUC